AUGGAAGACUUAGAAAAAGAAUUUGAUAAAAUUAAAAUAAAACCUGAUGAUAAUGAAAGUGGAGAAUCAUCUAUGAGAGUAGAAGAAAAUGAAGAAGAACCUGAAAAAAUAUCGAAUCGAAAAUUAAGAUAUUUAAAAAUGAAAGAUAAAAAAGAAGAAAAAAUAAAUAAAAAAAAACAAUCAUCCAAAACUAACUCUACAAAUGUUAUUAAAAAUAAUCAAAAUGAUGAUAAAAAUAUAAACACUUCUCAAUCUGAUUUAAAAGAUGAUAAUAAUAUUAAUCAAAAUAAUACAGCCGAAAAUGACAUAAUAAAUAAUGAAUCCAUAUAUCAGCCUAUUCAGGUUGAAUAUUGUAAAGUAUGUGGAGUACCAUAUGAAUAUUGCGAAUAUGGAAAUUCUUUUAAUGAAUGUAAAGAAGAAAAUAAAGAUAAGUAUAACUAUGAUAUGGCUACUAAUAAUGCAGAAAAUAAUAAUAAAAAACAAGCCAAAAAAACACCUCAAAAUAUAUCCCAAAAAAUAACAAUACAAAAGACAACGAAGGCCCGAAAAAAAACUGUAACUGUUGUAAAAGGAUUACAUGCAUAUACAAAGCUUGACAAAAUGGCAAAAAUAUUUUCUAAGUUUUAUGCAUGUGGUGCUUCAGUAAUAAAGGGCACAAACAAUGCUCAAGAUCAAAUAGAUAUACAAGGCGAUGUUGAGCAUAACAUUGUUGAUGUCAUAAUGAAGAAUUGUCCUGAAAUAACUGACGAUAUUUUUGUAAUUUUACCUCCAAAAUAA